UGAACUGGCGAUAUCAUAUGUUACUUACCAAAUAACAGCGGUAUUGAUCGUAACAGUUUUUCUAUAGGUGUAUUUCUGGAUUUAUCUAAAGCUUUUGAAACCGUAAAUCACGAUAUUUUAAUCAGUAAAUUAGAGCUUUAUGGUGUGCGAGGAACAGUACUGGACCUUUUGAAAAGUUAUUUAUAUAACAGACAACAGUAUGUAUCAUUUAAUUCUGUAAAUUCUACCAAUGGAGUCAUUACGUGUGGGGUACGGCAAGGAUCUCUGAUGGGCCCUUUACUCCUUAUUCUCUAUAUCAACGACAUAUGUAAUACCUCAGAUUGUAUGACAUUCUCUUUAUUCGCAGAUGAUACAAGUUUGUUGUAUUCUUACACAAAUGUAAAUGAAGCUAUUCAGAACCUAAAUCUAAACGGCUCCUAGCUAAAAAAUUAUGUAUCAAUGCCCUGAAACCACAUGAUAUUAUUUUUGUACCAGUUAACACAAGUACCCGCAGACUAUUCCACUUUUAUUGAAUGAUACAAUAUUAAGGCAGGAUAAAAGUACUAAAUUUUUGGGUAUAAUUAUUGAUGAAAACCUUACAUGGAAAUAUCAUAUUGAUGGACUACAGAAGGAAAAUACCCAAGAAUAGGCUAUUGGUAUUAUGAGUCGUCUUAAAUAUUAUCUUCCGAGUAAGAUUUUAUUAACAUUGUAUAAUUCCUUCAUAUUACCAUAUUGAAAUUUUUCCAUUUUGAUUGGGGGCCGCAUGACAUCUAAAUGUAACAAAUUAUUUACUUUACAAAAACGAGCAGUCCGCAUCAUCAUUUUGCUGGCUAUCGUGAUCAUUCUGCUCCGUUAUUUGCUAAAUUAAACCUGUUGCAAUGUAACCAUUUACACCAACUUAAUCAGGGAAAAUUCUUGUACAAACUUAUGCACAAUUUACUCUCUUCCAGUUUUAAUUCUUGUUUUACUUUAGCAUCUAACAUCCAUAGUUAUAAUACUCGUAGCAGUAUGAAGGGAAACUUGUUUGUCGAAUUUAACAGAAAGUCAUUGGCCAAGAACGAUAUUAUUCAUCAAGGUAUUCAUCAGGUAUAUACAGAUUACCUUCUUUAUUUGUGUUUGCUAGAAAACUAAGAACUCGGUUGCUGGGCUCAUAGUCCUAAAUCAUAUUUAUUUGUGCUCUAUUAAUGUGAUAUUGCCUCACACUUGUUUUUGUUUUGUCCUGUUCGUCAUUUGUCGGUCCUAGUAGGUUAGAUUGCUUAGUUUUCUUUGUCUCUCCAUAGGUUGGGAUACAAACGCGUUCUUGCUUGACCUUAGACCUAAAUGUUGUCAUCUAAUUUAUCAAAUGUAAACUGAUACAUUAUGUAAUGUUGCUCAAGUUAAUGGCCAUGUUCUCAGUACUUACGUAAUGUGAAUCAUGUUUGCUUAUUGUAAAGAAUGACAGCAUCGAAAUUAAUGUUUUAUGUUAAUGUUUUUUGUUUAACAAUUUCACAUACUGGAUUGACAAUUUCACAUAAUAGACUGACAACCUCACAUAAUGGACUGACAACUUCGCAUAAUGGUUUGACAACAUCACUUAAUAGAUCGAGGACACGAUUAAACUACUUUCACAGAGUAACAUCAUAUUUUGGUACGUUUGGCGUUCCAUACUAGCAUGACUAGACUAUGACCAUUAUAUAGCUCCAUGCUAUGAGUAACAAGAUGUCGAAAUUCACUCUCGUUAUCUUGCUGUGCGUUUUUGCAAACAAAUUGGUCUUGUCUCAAGAUUACGACGACAACCAUGCAAAAGUAUUAAUUGUUGGCGCUGGUGCUGCAGGUUUGCAAGCCGCCAAAGAGUUCCAUGACAAAGGCAUGGACGAUUUGAUCAUCGUCGAAGCCGCAAAUUUCUACGGCGGAAGAGUCCACGACGUGACCUUUGCUGGAAAGCAGGUAGAGGCAGGAGCCAACUGGGCACAGCCUCCGGGUACUGAAAUCAUUGACACCGUGAAAAGACUUUCUAUUGUGUACCAUGAAUCGGACUUUGAGUCUAUCAUCAUUCGUAACGAGACUGGGCAUGAUGUCAGCGAAGAAGCAGACCCCAUCUGGGAAGAUAUGGAGCACGCCUUGGGGAGAUUAGCCGAGAUCGGUGAGGAGCUAAUCGACGAAUGCCGCCGUGAUAUGUCUCUACGGGCCGCUCUUCGUGUGGCUGGCUGGAAACCCACAACACCCAUCCACAAGACAAUCGAAUUCUUCGAUUUUGAUUUUGAAUGGGCGGAUAUUCCGGCUGUAACUUCUCUGAAAUCGACCACUCCUAUCCAAUUGAUCUCUGCCACAGGUGGGAACCUUUUCGUCACCGAUCAAGGUGGUUUCAAGCGCAUCUUUGAGGAGAUCACUCCUUGGCUCAUGAUGGAUCCUUAUAAGAAUCAUCUUCGCUUGAACAAAACUGUAGUGUCGAUCGUCGAUAAAUCUAGCAAUGGAGUGGAGGUGAGGUGUUCUGACGGGACUACUUACACAGGUGAUUACGCCCUUGUCACGGUAAGUCUUGGGGUCCUGCAGAACGAUGUGAUCGACUUCCAACCGGCCCUUCCAGAAUGGAAGAUUGUAAAGUUCUUCCAGUUUAUCAUGGCAUCCUUCGCAAAAAUCUUUAUGAAGUUUCCCAUUCAGUUCUGGGAAAACAAGGAGUGGAUUCUCCACGCUAGCGAGCGUCGGGGAUAUUUCCCAGUCUUCUUAAACCUGAACUCAACCGGGACGUUUCCUGCAGAUCCUAACAUCCUUGUUAGCUUCGUUACUGGAGACGAGGCCCGUCGUAUCCAGAACCAGCCAUUAGCGGAGACAAAGGCUGAAGUCGAAGCGGUAAUGCGCAACAUGUAUCCCAAUGCUGGGGUUCCCGAGGCUACGCAUAUCUAUGUCACUGACUGGGACACCAACCCGCUUUUCUACGGCGCUUACUCCAACUGGCCGGUUGAGGUUUCCACCGAGGGGUUUGAACAGAUCCAGUCUCGUGUCGGUAACGUCUUCUUUGCUGGUGAGCACACAGACCCAAUGUUCAACGGAUACAUCAUUGGGGCCACUCGGAGUGGUGUACGUGAAGCCAGCAAGAUUCUGAGCUGCAUGAAGGGGGAGGAAUGCCCAGCUUAUGAACCACCCAAGUCAUACUCCUGUCCUAGUAGUGGCAACAUUGCUACGUUGUCAUUUACUGCAGCAUUAAUUGCAGCAUUAUUCCACUCUUUUACGGCUUUGUAGUCAAGUAUUCAUGUAACAUAUGAAUUGCAACAGAAACAACAUGGUGUGUCAUCGUUGUUGCAUUGGGGCUCGUGCUCAACUACUUGAGAUUUGAAUAGUAGAACGCAGGACACCUGUUGUUUUUCAGAGGAUACUAUUACUAAGUAAUUCUAUACAUGUACCUUUGUCUUAAUUGGUUCAAUUUGCCCGGGACGGUCACAUGACCGGUCUAUUUAAUGCAUGUUAGUCAUUAUCUUGUACAUAUAACACCGUGAUGUCAUUAAUCCCGGUCCAUUAAUCUCAGUAAACUGUAGUGGGAGCAGGGAGCUGGCAUACAGUACGAUUCAGUGUAGUAAUUUUACGUCAAAUCUAUUUACAUGAAGUUCGUUUAAGUUCCUCUACAUAAAAUAUGCAGAGUUUGGAGACAGCAUGUCACAACUUUCUGUGCAGCAACAGAGCGAGACUAAAUUCAAAACCUUCAGGUGUUAAAAAUAUUACAAAGAAUAAAUUUACGAAAGAGGUAUAGAA